ACAACUGCGUGCCUGGGCCAAUGAGCUCGGAGUUCAGGCUGCUCGAGUUGCUGCCAUGGCACGGGUUCGCCUCCAGACUUAUCAGAUUGAUGAGCCGCCAUUGCUAUGGCACCCACAGCCAUCCACUGGAGCCUCUGAGAUUACUGGUGGGGCUAAUCAAAUAGGAAGUGAAUCUGUCACAGCCCGAACCAGUGGUAGUUCGUCAACUCUCGAUCCUGGGCCUGCAUCCCAUCAACAGAUACAAGCGGAUCAGUUUCACCAACAACAGCACUACGCUCAGCAGCAACAAGAAGUCCUUCAGCAGCGACAUCGGCAGAUGGCUAUGUCUGGCCUCUGCGAAGCCACAAUUCACCAAUUAGCUGAUUUGGCUGAGGUUAAUAAUGCUGAUGCAGAGGAUUUCGCAGUCCACCAUACGGAUGAAGAUGGGUUUAAGCCUGUUACCCUUCCAGCUAUAUCAGGACUUACUUAUCCCGAAUGUGCAGGCGACCUUGAUCGUCUCAUAUCGGUAGGACUUUAUUCUUACAAUUCCACUGAUAAUUAUUUUCCAAUGUUUUGGCUAGAAUAA